AUGCAUAUAGGAGGAGGCUUCGGAGGGAAAGAAAGCCGUUCGCCAAUCGUUUCUUUACCUGUCGCUGUUGCAGCACACAAGUUAAAAAGACCAGUAAGAUGUAUGCUUGACCGUGAUGAAGAUAUGGUGUGCUCAGGUACCCGACAUCCUUUCCUCGCAAAGUACAAAGUUGGAUUCGACAAUUCAGGAAAGAUCAAAGUACUCGAAAUAAAAUUAUAUUCUAAUGGAGGAAACUCACUCGACAUAUCCGAGGGGGUGCUGGACAGGGCCAUAUUUCAUUGUGAUAAUGCCUAUAAAAUCCCUAACGUGCAUAUAAUUGGAAGAAUAUGUAAGACUAACAUUCCUUCCAAUACGGCAUUCCGAGGUUUUGGUGCUCCUCAAUCAAUGCUUGCGUGUGAAACUUGGAUUGAAGAAAUAUCCAGGAUUUUGGGAAAAACUGAAAAAGAAGUGAGUUUCUUCGACAUUGUAUUGUGUAUUUUUCUUCUUCUUCUUUUUUAA